AAGAAAAACCCUGAAAAUUUCGAUUAUAUCUGGCGGGAAAUUUCGAAACCUGCUCCAUAUCAAUUCACUCAGAUCCCCCUCGACGAUUACAUCCGCCCCGGAGACUGCUCACUGCCGCUCAAGUCUCAACGCCUGAUCCCCUUUCCGUUUGCUAAAGAUAUCGAGGACCAAAGAAGGGGAAAAGAGAUUGGAGAUGGAGGGCAGUGAGAGCGAGGCGAUUUUUGAUUCCUUGAACCUGAAUCCUCAACUGUUCAUAAACGCGGCCCUAAACAUUGUUGAUGAAUUGAUUGACAGCGCCUUCGAUCAUCUUCAUCAGGAGGCAUCAACUCGACUCAAGAUCGAUAAUUCAGAUAGGGCCGAAGACUUAACCAAGGGCUUGAAUUAUAUCCGAAACACAAUUCAAACAUCCCUGGACAGGCGGCUGGCUAUGUGGGAGAAGUACUGUUGUCUUCGCUUUUUUGUGGUUCCAGAAGGAUUUUCCCUGACCACAGAUAACGAAGCAUCUGGUGGUGAUAUAAUGGAUGUUGAGGAUGCUGUUGGUAACCCUGAUCUUGAUGCACAGUUGGAUUCCUUGAGAACAAAACUUACUUUGGCUGAACAGGAGUCUUCUGAGCUGAGGAGAGAGAUCCAAGCAUUGGAGAAACAAUCUGUCAUUAGUAACCGUCAAGCAACCUCAAUUAAUGAAGUAAUGAAGUUGUCUGAGCAACUUCCCGAUGAUGGUUCAUUCAAAGAGCUGCAAAACCUUGCCACAAAAUUACGUGCAAAAGUGGAGAGGCUAAAGACAGAAAGGGCUGAUGAAAUCCAACGAGCCAGGUUUGAAAGAUUGUGCGUAGCGAACGGAGAUUUGUUAAGGAUAAUUGGUGGGAAUGGUCUCUCCAAUGCAAAACCGGAAGAUAUUGAGGGAUUUCUUGCAGGUUUCAACACUCGCUGAGCUUUUGAUGCGAGGUAAGAAUUAAUUCUUCUUUCUGUCUUCUACAUGUAUCAAAUUGUGUUAAAAAAAGCUAGAAAUGCACAGAAUUUCUUGGAUUACAACUAAAACAACCCUCUAAGCAGUUGUUGUAAAUCAUAAGAUGUUAUAUGUGUUAUGUACAUAUAACUUCCUUCUGCCCCAUGUAGAAAGUCAGCAAGUUGAUUUUGCCAGU